CCUCCGAUUGCGGAUCAGUCGACGUUUGGUGUUUGACGGUACGCAACGUGGACAGCCAAGUUAGCGCUAAUUGUUGUGUUUCGGGGUUUAUUUCAAUCAAUUGAUAAAUAAAUAUGCCUAUAGUACUGCCUUUCAUGUAAGGCUCAGUGUAAAUGGGCUUUAGUUGAUGUACCUGUACCUGAAGUUGGGAUCUUUAUCGUGCUCGGAUUGCGUAUUUAGCAAGGCGUACAACAUAAGCUUGAUUUUUGCAUAGCAGCAAUAACAAACGAAUUGAUGAAGAUGGAGCUAAAGGAAAGAAAUUUUAAGAAGAUUGGACUUAUCUGCGUCGCGGUGCUUCUGUGUGGUAUGGUGUUUAGCUAUGGGAUAUUUCCGUCGAUUUUGCGUUUCAUGAUAAAGCAGAACGUGCUGCUGAAACCGGGCACACAAAUACGGGACAUGUUCGAGAAGAUACCAUUUCCGCUCGACUUCAAGCUGCACAUCUUCAACGUGACGAACCCGGAUGAAAUUAUGCGCGGUGGCAAACCGCGCGUCAACGAUAUUGGACCACUUUAUUUCGAAGAAUGGAAGGAAAAGUAUGACACGGUGGACAACGUGGAGGAAGACACGCUCACGUUCACACUGCGCAACACAUGGAUAUUCCGGCCCGAUCUGUCCGCCCUAACUGGCGAGGAAAUUGUCACCAUACCGCAUCCACUCAUUAUGGGCGUUCUGCUGAUGGUGCAGCGGGACCGCGAAGCAAUGAUGCCGCUGGUCAAGAAGGGCGUCAACAUCCUGUUCGAUCCGCUCGAGUCCGCCUUCCUGAAGGUGCGCAUCAUGGACCUGCUGUUCGAUGGCAUUUACGUCGACUGCAGCAGCCAGGACUUUGCUGCGAAGGCGCUCUGCUCCGGCAUGGAUUCAGAAGGUGCAGUUAUGCCGCACAACGAAACCCACUACAAGUUUUCCUUCUUUGGUAUGCGCAAUCACACCGAGGCAGGCCGUUGGGUCGUGUACCGGGGCGUGAAGAACAUUCGCGACCUCGGCCGGGUGGUAUCGUACAACGAGGAAACGGAGAUGGACAUCUGGGACGGGGACGAGUGCAACCAGUACAUCGGUACCGAUUCGACCAUCUUCCCCCCGUUUCUCACCGCUCAGGAUCGGCUAUGGGCAUGGUCGCCCGAAAUCUGUCGUUCGCUCGGUGCGCACUACGUGCACAAGUCAAAGUAUGCCGGGCUGCCGAUGAGCUAUUUCGAGCUGGACUUUGGCGAUCUUAAGAAUGAGCCGCACAAUCACUGCUUUUGUCGCGAUGCGCCCGACGAUUGCCCACCGAAGGGCACGAUGGAUCUGUCGCCCUGUCUUGGGGGACCCAUAAUCGGCUCAAAGCCCCACUUCUACGGCGCCGAUCCGAAGCUGGUCGAAGCGGUGGACGGGCUGGCACCGAACAAGGCAGCACACGAUGUCUACAUUCAUUUUGAGCUGUUCACCGGAAGUCCGGUUUCGGCCGCAAAACGGCUACAGUUCAGCAUGGAGCUCGGCCCGAUACGAGACCACGAGCUGUUUGGUCAGCUGCCGGACGUAAUUUUGCCCAUGUUUUGGGCCGAAGAGGGUGCCUCGCUCAACAAAACCUGGACCAAUCAGCUGAAAUAUCAACUGUUUCUGGGGCUCAAGUUUAAUGCCACUGUCAAAUGGUUAACCAUCAUCAUCGGUACGGUCGGGGCCGUCGGGUCGGCGUACAUGUACUUUCGCAAGGAAACCAAAACAACCGACGUGGCCCCGGUGGAUGUAUCGACCCCGGACACCAAUCCGUCGUCUGCCAAGGAUGGUGUUGUGAACGUUUCGCUCGGCAGAAACCUGCCGCCCGUUAUCGACGGGUUGGACAAACCGCCGAAGCUCAGGGCGACCGAGCUUCAGCAGGAACGGUACUAGUGUACAGGAAAGAACAGAAUUUGAUCUUUAGGUAUUGUAGCUGUUGUCAUACGAAGUGUCGUUUACAUUAGUUUCGUAGUUUUUUUUUUAAAUUAUUCAAUCUGCUUCAUAACACAUAUGCAGCUGCAAAAAUGAUACAAUGGCAUUUGAUUGGCAGAGUACAAUUACAAUAAAACACCUUUGCUAUGUUGGGAUCGAAA